AUGACUACAUUAGAAGAUAAAUCUUUAUGGGAAGCUGAGAACGAUCAGGACGACAUUGGACAAGAUAUUCUUCGUUUAGCACCCGAGGAAAUUACAAACAGAACCCGUUUGUUGGAGAACGAUAUCAAAGUCAUGAAGUCUGAAAUUGUUCGUUUGCAACACGAACAGGCUGCCAUGAAGGAACGCAUCAAGGACAACAAAGAAAAGAUCAAGAUGAACAAGCAAUUACCAUAUCUUGUUGGUAAUGUGGUUGAGCUGCUUGAUGUAGAACCUGAGGAGGAAGACAAUGAGGGCGGAAACGUUGAUUUAGAUGGCCAAGUAAAGGGAAAAUGUGCAGUAAUUAAAACAUCCACAAGACAGACCAUCUUUCUGCCGUUGAUCGGUUUGGUUGAAUCUAGUGAGUUAAGACCUGGCGACCUCAUCGGUGUCAACAAAGACAGCUAUUUGAUUCUCGACAAACUUCCAGCUGAAUACGAUUCACGAGUGAAAGCUAUGGAGGUGGACGAAAAGCCUACUGAAGACUACAACGACAUUGGUGGAUUAGACAAACAAAUUGAGGAACUGGUUGAAGCCGUUGUUCUACCUAUGACACACGCUGAUCGAUUCAAGAACCUAGGUAUCAAACCACCCAAGGGUGUGUUGAUGUACGGACCUCCUGGUACUGGUAAAACUUUAUUAGCAAGAGCCUGCGCUGCACAAACCAAUUCUGCCUACCUCAAGCUAGCAGGGCCUCAAUUAGUGCAAAUGUUUAUCGGUGAUGGUGCUAAAUUGGUGCGCGACGCUUUUGAGUUGGCCAAAGAGAAAUCGCCUGCCAUCAUCUUUAUUGAUGAAUUGGAUGCCAUUGGUACAAAGCGUUUUGAUUCAGAAAAGUCUGGCGAUCGUGAAGUACAGCGUACCAUGUUGGAACUAUUGAAUCAAUUGGAUGGCUUCUCGUCAGACGAUCGUAUUAAGGUCAUUGCUGCUACAAACCGUAUCGAUAUCUUGGAUCCUGCAUUGCUGCGUUCAGGUCGUUUGGAUCGCAAGAUUGAGUUCCCCUUACCCAACGAAGAAGCUAGAGCUCGUAUCAUCCAGAUCCACUCCAGAAAGAUGAAUGUCAGCAAGGAUGUCAACUUUGACGAGUUGUCUAGAUGUUGUGACGAGUUCAAUGGUGCUCAAUGUAAGGCUGUUUGUGUGGAAAGUGGUAUGUUGGCGCUUCGUCGUGGUGCUGUUGAAAUUACACAUGAAGAUUUCAUGGAAGCCAUUCAAGAAGUGCAGGCAAAGAAGAAGAUGACACUGCAAUACUAUGCUUAA